UUUCAUGCAACUUGUUAUGUCGCCACUUGCGGACUCUCCCUAUCUCUCGUGCAGUCGUGCCGCGUCGUUGGACCAUCGUGUCUCGACUCUCGCGCAUAGCUCUUUCUAAGGGACUACCGUCAGAUUUCAGCGUGUGAAUUCAUCGAUGGCCCAAGAUUUGUUCAAUUAUUAACCGGAAUAGAACGACCUAACAAAACACAAACAUGAAACCUUUGAUGUUACACGGGCACGAUCGUGCUAUUACAAAAAUCAAGUACAACAGAGAAGGAGAUUUGCUUUUCUCAGCCAGUAAAGACAAGCAACCAAAUGUGUGGUACUCGUUAAAUGGAGAAAGACUUGGUACCUUUAAUGGACACAGUGGUUCAGUUUGGUGCAUUGACGUAAACUGGGAUACAACGCGUUUAAUAUCUGGUAGUGGUGACAACACUUUAAGAUUGUGGGAUGUUGAAACAGGAAAACAACUUAGUUUCUUGGAGAAAAAAAGUCCUGUGAGAUGUUGUAGCUUCAGUUUCUCAGGUAAUCUUGCUGUGUUCGCUACAGACAAAUCUAUGGGUCAGAACUGUGAGAUGUUCGUCAUGGAUGUCAGGAGUCCCGAACCUGUUUUCUCACCAGAAGACAAUGUUUGCAGAAAUGUUCUUGAAGGAUCCAGGAUCUCAUCUCUUCUGUGGGGAGCUCUGGAUGAGACUCUUAUCACUGGCCAUGAAAAUGGUGAAUUGAACAUCUGGGACAGCAGGACUGGAAAGAAAUCGUAUGAUGCUCAAGGCCACCAGGGUCAAAUCAAUGACAUGCAAUUCAACAAAGAUGGUACCAUGUUUGUAACAGCCUCAAAAGAUUACUCUGCCAAAUUAUUUGACAGUGAAACUUUGGUGUCCAUUAAGACGUACAGAACAGAACGACCCAUUAACUCCGCUACGAUUUCUCCAAACUUUGACCAUGUUGCCGUGGGAGGUGGUCAACCUGCUAUGGAUGUAACAACGACAUCGACAAAGCAAGGUAAAUUCGACACUUGUUUCUUCCACCUCGUCUUCGAAGAAGAAUUCGCCCGUCUUAAGGGCCAUUUCGGUCCAAUUAACUCGUUGGCAUUCCAUCCUAAUGGACGCAGUUUAUCCACUGGAGGAGAGGACGGUUACAUUCGUAUUAAUACAUUUGAUCAAUCUUAUUUCGAUUUCCACUUUGAAUACUAAAAAGUUUUAUGAAAAUAAAAUUAUUGUACAAAAAUCUAUUGAAUUUUUUCUUUUGCUGAUUUAGAUAUGCUAAAUUUGAGGGAGAUAUUUAAAAUACAUGUUUGCUAGGUAUAACUACUGCUUUUAUCUCAGCUUGAUUCCCUAUAAAUUAUAAAGAGACGUCUUUGACAUAAGGCCAUGUAACAAUCUUGAUUAGCACAAAUUCCUGGAUACUUCCACCAUCAAUAUUUAGGUUGAACUCUAAAAAAAUCAGAAGGGAAUAAUCAAAACUUCCUAUAGAACAUUUCAUCAACUCUAUUACGAAAUUUAAUUUAAACUUUAGUAUUAAAGUUUCAUAGAAAUAAAAAUUAAGGAUUAAUUGCUUCUAAAGAAAAUUUUAUCAGCGCUUUGACGCAUUUUAUUUUGACGAGUCUUUUUAAAGCAUAAAUAAUGUACGUUAUUUUACAUAGUUCACUCGCGUUUGCAUGACAACAAUUAGGCAUUUUGAGAAAAAACGCACGAUAAGUGUUAGUACAAUGUUGGUACACUUUAUUUUUGUAUUUUCUAGUCAUUCAUAUAAUAUUGUACAAAUCAUUACAGUAAAGUAGAUAUAUCUGUAAUCGUAUCUAUAUGCAUAUUGUACCUGCGAAUGCUUUUGUGUAUUACCAACAUUUCUUUUGUCAAUCUUUGACAAAUUAGUCCAACUUAAAAGUAUAGCCAUCUGUUACAGUUAAUGUAUGUAAUGGACUUAAUUUUUUCGUCAAAUAUAUCUGCUUUGAUCUAAAUUAACAAUUGUUUCUAUGAUGUAACGUACAAAAAAUUAAAAGUUGCUUAAUUAUUUAAAUUAAACCCGUUGCUCGUUUUUAAAAAGACUAUCUACAUAUUAAUUUGUUUGUUCACGUAAGCUUAUUAUUCAAUCAGAGCGUGUACAGGAGACUUCUUUUCUAUUUCCAAAACUAUGUUGACUAAAUCGUUUUGUCCAAAUUGCAUAUUUUUAGAAAUAUACGACGUGUAUAUGUAUACAUAUAUAUACACACACAUUUUCCAAUACUUAUACAUAUAAAUAUGUAUGUACAUUUAAAUCGAUUAAAAUUAAAAUGUCCAAUGCCCACCCACAUUUUUGUACGACCUUGAUAGGAAUAAAUGGAAACUCAUGAAGGUA